CCCAUUCCUCGCAUUUUAAAUUUCAUUAAAAACCAGUUUUCCUUCAGAUUAAGAUUCGAAUUAAGCAAUACAUAGUUCGGCAAGCUUGUUUUCGUCACGCAAAACCUGCGGCUGUGAUUACGUUGAUGGCAAGUGGAUCACGCGAAAGUAUCGCUGUUUCAUCAGUUGUGCGUGCACCGUUGGCCGGGGACGUUGUGCUUUUCGUCCGUGCGCUAUCUUACGACACAAAAUGAGCAGUUCCACGAAUGUUAACCCCGAUUUACAAAGAGAAAGGGAGAAAUGCUCUUUUAAUAUAACAGAACUUACAAACUUGUUGGAUGGAGGUCCUGCGAUGACUGAAGAAAGAAGGAGACGAGAGGAGAUGGUUCUAAAAGAAGGGAUCCACAUCGAGGAAGUGCCUUCAGAGUACCUCAGUCAUAAGGAGAAGUACGAACUAGCGGUGAAGAAAGCAUGUCUGCUGUUCAAACUGAUUCGAAGACUGCAGGAGGAAGAAAACACUGGGAUGGAGAAUUUCAGGGCCGUCCUAGGCGGUGCUCUCGGCUCAGCUAUCCUCCAAGACGGCUCACCCCUUACCCUGCACUAUGUGAUGUUCAUACCAACCAUUAUGGGCCAGGCGUCAGUAGAACAGCAAGCCUACUGGAUCGGCAGGGCUUUCAACCUUGACAUCGUUGGCACUUAUGCACAGACUGAGCUCGGACACGGUACCUUUAUCCGUGGUUUGGAGACAACGGCCACAUACGACCCUAAGACCAAAGAGUUUGUGCUGCACAGUCCCACACUCACUGCCUACAAAUGGUGGCCCGGAGGCUUGGCCCACACAGCCAACUACUGCAUAGUAAUGGCCCAGCUAUACACCAAUGGCCAAUGCCAUGGCAUACACCCAUUCAUCGUUCAGCUCCGAGACGAGGAAACCCACAUGCCUCUCCGUGGCAUCAAGGUUGGCGAGAUUGGCGCCAAGCUUGGCAUGAAUGGCACCAACAAUGGCUUCCUUGGCUUCGAACACGUUAGGAUACCGAGGGAACAUAUGCUGAUGAAGAAUUCUCAGGUUUUGGAAGAUGGCACCUACGUAAAAUCCCCUAGCUCCAAGCUAACUUACGGUACAAUGAUGUUUGUCCGAGUCGUGAUAGUAAAGGAUAUUGUCAACUACAUAGCGAAAGCCGUUACCAUAGCAACGAGGUAUUCAGCCGUCAGGAGACAGUCACAGCCAAAGCCUGAUGAACCGGAACCCCAAAUCAUAGACUACCUAACCCAACAACACAAGUUGAUGGUUGGCAUAGCAACCGCUCACGCGUUCCAGCUCAGCGCCGAGUGGAUCUGGAACAUGUACAACAACGUUACCGCUGAACUCGAAGCUGGAGACUUGGAGAGACUGCCUGAGUUGCACGCUCUCUCAUGCUGCCUCAAAGCAGUAACGACAGCCGACGGAGCGGAAACCGUGGAACGUUGUCGCCUCGCGUGCGGCGGUCACGGCUACAUGCUGUCCUCUAACUUGCCCCUAACUUAUGGACUCGUCACCGCUGCUUGUACUUAUGAAGGAGAGAACACCGUGCUUUUACUACAGACUGCCAGAUACCUAGUAAAAGCUUGGCAGCAGGCUUCAGGCGGCAACUCGCUGCCGCCGACCGUGGCAUACCUGAGCCGCGUGGGUGCCGGGAGACGGUCUCCGCCCUGGGACUGCACUAUUGAAGGCAUUAUUAGAGGAUUUGAGGUUGUCGCUGCUGGUAAGAUCGCGUUGUGCGUGGCGAAUAUCGAGAAGCGUCAGAAGAGCGGCAUGUCUUACGAAGACGCGUGGAACAUGACCUCCGUGCAACUGGCACAGGCUUCUGAGGCCCACUGCCGCGUGUUCAUCCUGACAUCGUACUUCGAGGAGUCGGAGCGUCAGGCUAAGACGGUAUCUCCACAACUGCGCGAAGUGCUGCUGCAGCUCGUAGACAUGUAUGUGGUGUACUGGGCGCUGCAGCGAAUGGGCGAUCUGCUUAGGUUCACAUCGAUAUCUGAGCGGGAUAUUGAGAAGCUGCAGCACUGGUACGAGGACUUGCUGACUAAGUUGCGACCCAACGCUGUCGGACUCGUCGACGCGUUCGAUCUACGGGAUGAGAUUCUUCAUUCUGCCCUGGGAGCAUACGACGGUCGCGUAUACGAGCGACUGAUGGAGGAAGCGCUGAAGAGUCCGCUCAACGCGGAGCCCGUCAACCAGAGCUUCCAAAAGUACCUCAAGCCUUUCAUGCAGGGGAAACUAUGAUACAACACACACACAAGCUCUCUAGCUAUAAGAAUAUGUGAUAAAUAAUAUACGAGAUAAACAGACUUAAUCAAGGUGUAAACUUUUAUAUACAAAUUGUAAAUGUCGAUCAUUUUUGUUGUCUAUGGGCCAGGUUAGUUUUUAAGUAUAAAUUUUAUUGUAAAUCAAAUAUUUUUAUAUUGAUCAACCUUUUUUAGUAGGUGGUGGAUGGAUGUUAAACAUUCUUAAUGAUAUUGUAUGUAGAUGUUACAGUAUUACAGUUCGACUGGAGAUUGCAAUCAUGAGAUUUAUGUUGAAAUCAUUUUACAAUAAAAUAAUAUUUUUGUUUAAAG